AUGGCGACCACAGCAAGCGGAGAGACGGACUCUUGCAAGGAGAGUCUCGUCGAGAAGGAUCGCCGAAGGUCCUGGUACUCGCAUUCACGUGCAGAGGACUACCCAGUUGGCCGGAUGAUCGAACCAAACCGGAAACUUCACGACAAGCAUGUACGGAGGCUGAAUGCCUUUCUCAAUGACGUCGACGCUGCGCCCUUCAUGUUCAAGCGAAUGGUUCACUGCAAGAGGCUCCACGACUUCGGAGACUCAUACGUUCUGGAUGAUGAA